AUGCACGGCAGCAGCAUUGAAGUGUGCGGGAAUGAGCAGUUCUACCUGGGGAGAGAUACAGCGCUCUGUCGUUAUGCCUGGUACGAGGACCUGACUAUUUCACGAGUGCAUCUACGCAUACACUGCAUUCUUUACGAUCAAGACCCGGAUUCCACUAUCGCCCCGUUUGUUUAUGCGACCGACCUUUCAGCCAAUGGUACCUAUCUGAAAAGGAGUAAUUUGGAAUGUACCGCGUCACAAGGUCCCGGUAUUCUGAUGGGUCGCAAUAGCACUUUCCUAUUAGAUGACAGAGACGAAAUCAGUAUCUCAGAGACCGUCACAUUGAUCUACCGAUCCAAAAGUCCUUUGCAGCUGAUGAGUCUCACGGCCUUGCAAGAAAAAGAGAGGCAGACGUUUGCAUCGCGCUUUCUUGUCACUGGCCGUCUCCUCGGCGAGGGCGGGUAUGGAAAGGUGCUUGUUGGCAUCAACCAGAACACCCAGCGACAACUCGCAUGCAAGAUCAUUCGAAUAGACAAACUUUACAACACACUAGCUGUGCAGAACCUGCGCCUGCCCAGUGGCGGACGGCAGGAGCGUGAGCCUCAGACCAAGAAACGAUGGCCCACAAGAGUCGCCAGUUGUUUCCGCGAAUUUGACAUACUCAAAGAUCUCACUCAUCCGAACACCAUUGCUCUGGAAAAAGUUUUCUGGAGCCCAAGCACUAUCUAUAUUUUCCUGGAGCUUGCUACAGGCGGUGACUUGUUCUCUUUCAUCAACUUCAAGGGCGGCAAGCUUGAUGACACACAGGCGGCGACUGUUGUGCAUCAAAUCCUCAAAGGUGUUGAGUAUCUUCACGGCCAAGGUAUCGCACACCGCGACCUUAAGCCUGACAACAUUCUAAUGACCUCGUUUGAAGAAGAUGCUCGUGUCGUCAUCAGUGACUUUGGCGCAGCUAGAUUUCUACCUGGUGCCAAAACGCCAAGCUCAUCGCAGUCCAACAAAUACCAGCGAAUGUUCUCUGUAGUUGGGACUUUCGAAUACACCGCGCCUGAGAUCUUCCGGCUGAACCGUGCCAUUCCAGCUGACGGUGGUUACUCAAAGAGCGUAGACAUGUGGUCUAUCGGCUCUAUCACGGCUAUCCUGUUAACGGGUGAUGCUCUCUUUAUUGACCGUUCCCAUCCCGAGUACCAUACGAACCCUAAAGACGUAAUUGUUGGUCUCGCAGCCGUCUGUGAUCUGAGUGUGCUGGACGAGGACCACCAUCCAUGUUGGAUGACAGUUGGUGGCCUCCCCAAGCAUUUCAUCAAGAACCUGUUAGUCUUGAAAGAGGAAGACCGGAUGACUGCAUCAAUGGCUCUUGCACAUUCCUGGUUCUCCGAGAACACCAAAAAGACGUAUGCACGGACAAUUGCCGCCUGGAAACCCCCCAAAAAGAACAUUCAACUGGUCGAACGCAUUACCAGUCCCUUGCCCGCUUCUGGUAUAUCCAACAAAACAUCAAGCCAUGUUACAACCUCGCGCCAUCUUGGUGACAUAGGUUCGCAGAUUCGACCCCCCAACACCUCACUGCCGUCUAUUAUAGAGGAUCAUGAGCCAGCCCAGUGUGCAAGCCAAGUGAAACUUUCAUCAAGCAAAGGCAAAGCUACUACACCGCAUCUUCGAUCAGGGGGUCAGCUCACCCAUCGCGAACUGCAGCUACCUCAAACAGGCGUCAUAUUCGGAAGCCCUGGGCACCAAAUUUCACUUUUGAAGUCAGCCACACCAGGUAUGGAUGUUGACGAUAUGGAUGACGGCGAAGACUCGGACUGCUCUGGGGAGAGCUUAAAUCGGGUUACGAACAAUUACUCACAGCGAAGAGAGUACAUACGACACUUGCAGCACCAGGAGUAUCAGUCGGGGCACGGCUCAAUUCAAGUACACCAAACGCCUUUUGAUGAAUACGUGAAUUAUGAGGGGCGCAGAGAUGAGCACACAGUUGACGAAGUUUACUACCAGGAGGCUCAAGACCCCGAAAACGAUUCAGUUUGUGUACAAGAGACGCCCCCGGAGUUGAUGCGGAAGCGGGGACGCGCCUAUGAUCAAGCGCUGCCAGCUUACAAGCGGCGUUUCGCUAUUGGUAGUUCGGGAUGA